CCUCCGCGCCUGUUUUUUCUUUAAUAUGCACGUUAGCUCCAUCCGGUCCGGGCAGACUGAGGAGGAAUCAGAUGACUCGGCUGCAGCCCUGAGGUUGACUGAAACCAUCCGAGGAUCUUUUGAGACAGUUAAACGGCCUGAAGCAGCGGGUGUGGAAGAUGCAGUGAUGCAGUUUACCUCCACACACUGAGUCCACAUCCACGACACCGGCCUGGUUUUCCCGCUCCGAUGACUCACCUCCUCUGAGUCCAGAGUCCACCUUCUGAGCGUCGACCGGUGGGCGGCGGGAAGGGGGGGGCCCAGCCCUGCCCAGGGGGGGCGCGGCCAGCAAUGGACAGCCGAUGCAGCAGCAGCGCCGAUUCCCGGCUGACCGGCAGGGGGGUGGGGUCUAUGAACACCACGCCCAUCUGUGCGAGGGUGGAGUCAUACGAAGCCGGCGAGAAGAAGUGCAUCUCCGACGUGAGGAGAACCUUCUGCCUCUUCGUCACCUUUGACCUCCUGUUCAUCACCUUGCUCUGGAUCAUAGAGCUCAAUGUGAACGGCGGCAUCCAGCAGCAGCUGAAUAAAGAAGUCCUGCACUACGACUACCACGCCUCUUUCUUCGACAUCUUUCUCCUGGCUGUUUUCAGGUUUGCCGCUCUCAUCUUGGCCUACGCCGUCUGUAAACUCCGUCACUGGUGGGCCAUCGCAAUCACCACUGCAGUCAGCUGUGCUUUCCUGAUUGCUAAAGUCAUUUUAUCAAAGCUGCUGUCUCAGGGAGCGUUCGGGUACCUGCUGCCCAUCAUCUCCUUCGUGUUGGCCUGGAUAGAAACAUGGCUGCUCGACUUCAAGGUUCUGCCUCAGGAGGCCGAAGACGAAAACAGAUAUCAGUCCAUCAUGGACGCCACAGAGCGAGCUCCUCUCAUGGGUCCGGGUCCUUUAUCUGACGGACAGUUCUACUCUCCACCAGAGUCUGUGGCAGACUCUGACGAGGAACUGGACGAUAAACAUGAUCCGGAAAAAGGGCUGAUUCAGCAGGUGACCUAACAGAUCUCCACCUGCUCCUGUUGUGCUACUGAGGGAAAACUCUGCCUUACACAUUCUGACGUUUUAGUUUUUAUCUGUUGUCCACUCAUACCCAUGAACGCACUUUGGUUUCUGAUACCAGCCUUCUGCAUGUACACUGAGACUGGAAAUAAGUGCCGCUUUAAAAAGUAUUUUCUCGUGGUUAUUUUUUAGGAUUUUGUUGAUGUUUCUUCAUUAAAACUGCACACUGUGUCUGAGACUCCCAAACGAAUGAGAGGAAUUUGGUUAAAUCCAAAAUUAAAUAUGUAACAUUUUUGACCGGUUUCUGUAUUUCUUCUCUAAAGGAGUCUUAUGUUUCGGACGUCAUGUUUACUUUUAAUUUGUUGAUUGUUUUCACAUGAUUGGGGUUUGAAGUCACUGUAAAUCUUGCUCCAUAAACUCAUAAAGAAGAGAAGGAUUUUUUUGGCCAGUAUCGAGUUUAUGGACAAAGUUUGUAGCAAAUGAGAGGCAGGAACAUUCACUGAGUUUAUAAUAAAAGGAAUUGUAUCUGACUACUUCCAGGUCUUAAAAAGCACUGAAACAACUUGCAUGGAACAUUGGAACAUUAUAAAAAGUACUGAAGUAUUAUAGUGUAAAAACACAGUGAGCUAUGAAUCUGCAGCAUUUAAACAUGAAGGUUGGGGGAAGCUGAACCGUCUGAACUGUAAACUGCUCUGAAAGCUGCUGUCAGACACAGUCUGAGCUUGAUGUGAGUUUAAAAAAUAAAAUAAAAUAAAUAAGUGUACAUAUCUUGAUGCAUGCCUUUGCCAGCCAGCCCAGUGGAUUUUGUUUUUAUGGAAAAGCUUGUCUGUAAAAUAGAAUCAUUAAAAUGUGAAACUUUG